CACAUUCAUUGCCACUAAAAUUUUCUUUUAAUCAUAUCUUUCAAUCACUUCAAUUGCUAAUGAUAAAUGAUUUUCUUUUUCUUUUGAAUUUUAUGAAUUCGAAUUUUUUAACCAAAAUGCUUAUUUAUUUUCAAUUGCAUUCUUUGCUUGUUUUUUAUUUUCUAUUUCACGAACAAAGAAGUAAAUUUGUCUGUGAUGAAAAUGGAGUGCUCCAAUCGGUUUUGUUGAACGAACGGCUUGAUAUGCGAAGAACUUCCAUCGAUAUGCAUCACAGUUCGCUAGUGAGAUUUUAGGGUUGGACUUCAGUUUUGAUUUUUCUUUCGGUGUAAAUUUGCCCUUUCUUCUGCGUCGCGAUAAAACAAGUGACGGAUUCGUACUUGUAUAGGGAGAACAUUUUUGAAUCUAACGGUUCAAAACAGGAGAUUAUUGGUUGAAGAAGGCUCCGCAAUUUUGAAUUCUCGGAUGAAACGAAACUGUGAAUCCAACGGUUGCUUUCAGUUAGGAAGAGGAUGAGGAAAAAGAUGAUUCUGGGAUAAAGUGAAAAUGGGGUUUUCUGUUUCCUCUCCGUUUGCUGCUACUUCCAACUGCAGCUAAUGUUGGUGUGAAAUUGAAAUUCAAGUGUUUCUUCGACUAUGGUAUUUGGGUGAAAGAAUACAAAGCUUUCUCAAAUGGCAAGUUUAUGAGAAAAAGGUGCCAAAUUCAGCAGUUUGUGGUAGGAAUUCUACAUCCUUUGAUUUGGUGCAGAGAUUUAUGAAGUAAAAUACAACUAAGUAAAUAUGGGGGUAGGUUCUUUCACCUUGUCAAUAUAUAGCUUACCUAAUAACCCUUGGCGGUGGUGAUAGUGCUGAUGAGCAUAUUGCUGAGAUUGCAGAUAGCUUUCAGUCUGACAAAUGAUUUAAAUAUUUACUGUCCCUGUUCUUGACGUAAAAAGGGGGGGUUUCAUCGGUUCUCUAUUUUGACUACUUGGUUGAAGCAAUCUAAUCUCAUGAAAUAUGCAGAAGCCAAAGCCAAAGCCAAAGCCAAAGCCAAAGCCAAAAUCAAAGCAACAGAAGUCUAAGAUGUCAACAGCAGGAAACUGGUUAGAGUUCAUCAAUGAUGAACAACUAAAACUGGCAAUUCCUGUUGGACCUCGUUUUCAGGCUGACAUUCCAGAUUGGACUGGUCCCCCUCGGAAGUGUUAUGGUGCUAAUGAUGAAUCAUAUGCUUUAAAAUGGUUGGGCACUCGAGUUUGGCCACUUGGAGGCAGAAGGUCUGAUACCAAACGUUGUGUGAUAGGGAAAGGGAGGCCUGAUUCUUGCUCAUGUGCCUCCCCUGGCUCUAUAGGAUGCGUUAAACGCCACAUCACUGACAAAAGGCUCCAGCUGCAGUUUGAUUUGGGUCCUGCUUUUUGGAAAUGGAGAUUUAAUGACAUGGGCGAAGAUGUUUCCAAGUCAUGGAAUUUAGAUGAGCAGAAAAAUUUUGAUGCUCUCGUGAAAAUGAAUCCUGUAUUGCAGGGUAAAAGUUUCUUGAACCCUGCCUUGGAGCGUCUGCCCUCUCACAGCAGAGAAAAUAUAGUAAACUACUACUUCAAUGUAUAUGUUCCUAGGCGCAUGAGCAUUGAGACCAGGGCCGGAUGUAAAAAUGUUGACACCGAUGAUGAUGAGGCCAAUGAGGCCCUUUGUUCCAAAAUAUCUCGGAAAAGGUAUCGAGCUGAUAGUGAUACCUCAAGUAGUUCUAAAUACCUGAAGGACAGAUACUUGACCGGGAGAAGAUGAUGCUGCCUGUGAUGACCACCUUACUUCCAGUCCCUCAUUGACAUCGAGAAGGCUUGUUUUCCAAUCUGAUAAUGAACAGGUAAAGCACUGAGUUUUAUUGGUUCGUGGAGUGUCCUUAUAAAAUUGUUGUGCUGACAGUGAUGAGGCUAGGCUGAUUUUAAGAAAACCGUCAAGAUGUUAAUGUUGCCGUCUGCUUCUCCAAAUUGCUUAAACUCUUUCAAGUACCCAGUCUAGGUUAAGACAUGUUUUGUAAUGCUAUGGUGAAUCUGUAACACCAAUAUGAGCACAGAAAUUUUGUAUGUUCAACUGCAAAUGAAAACCAGCUUAAACUCUUGCAUA